AUGAACCUGUCUCUUUUAGACCCCUUCGCCGUGGCCAAGGAAUACCCCGACACGCUCGCACAGACGCUCGCGUACGGCCACUCCACGCAGGUGCGGUACAGCUAUAAAGGCGACUACCUCGCGUCGGGGCUGGUCGACGGCAUUAUUCUCAUCAUCGACACAGACACAAACAGCACGAUCCAGGUGCUGCGGGACCACACGCGCGCCAUCACGUCGCUGAACUGGUCGCCCUGCGGGCGGUACUUGCUUUCGUCGUCCAAAGAUUGGAAAGUGAACCUGUGGGACCUGGGAACUUGCACGGUGAUCCGGAGUUACAAUUUCGAGGGGCCCGUCUGGUGCAGCGUGAUGAACCCGCACAACCGCUUCCAGUUUGUUGCUGCGCUGGUCGACAACGAUCCUGUUUUUGCAGACCUCGAGGACGAGCCCAAAAUCACGAGACUCGACACCAACCCGCGCGACCAGCCAAACACAGUGAAACAGUCCACGCUCACGGCUACAAUGACCCCGGACAGCAACUACAUUCUCACAGGGACCAGCAAGGGCUGGCUGAACGUGAUAGACACGAAAAGUCUGCAAAUUGUGCGCUCGUUGAAUGUUUGCAGCUCGAAUAUAAAAAACAUAGAGAUCUCGCCCAACUGCUCGAAACUGGCCGUCAACUCGAGCGACAGGAUCAUCCGGCAGUACACGAUGCCAGACACCUCUGUCCCGGCCGCGGACUGGGAGUUCGAGCUGGAAACGCGGUACCAGGACGCCGUGAACCGGCUGCAGUGGAACGCGCUGAAAUUCAACCAUAACUCGGAGUACAUGUGUGCUUCCACGCUCGGCGCGACCCACGACGUGUACAUCUGGGAAACAGGAAUGGGGUCGUUGGUGAAGAUUCUGGAAGGCUCGAACGACGAGCUGCUGGCGGUGGACUGGAACUAUCGCAAAUGUUCGAUCGUGGCCACCACGAUGGACACCGGUACGCUUUUCAUCUGGUCGGUGGUGAUUCCGCAGAAAUGGAGUGCUCUGGCGCCUGAUUUCGAGGAGAUCGAGGAGAACAUCGACUAUGAGGAAAAAGAGGACGAGUUCGACUAUGUCGACGAGGACGACAUGAACAAGCAGAUCGAGGAAGAGGGCGACGAGAUCGACGUGAUCCAGCGCGAGGAGGUGGACGCGCGCGGGUUCCCGUUCGUGGACUCGUUUGUGAUCGAGAGCGUGCCUGUUUCCGAGUGA